UUGCUGAAGUCCGCUCAAUAAACCCAGUUCGAGAACUGGUUGCUGGGCAGAUUCAAGUGAAGUGUGAUAGGAAAAUUUAAUCUUUCUGUAAGAUUGUCAUCUUCAAGGCAACGUUUCUCAUUUUAUUUAUUUGACAAAAUGGAGAGUUCGGCCAAUAAUCGCUAUGAACUAUUAUUUAUGGACGAUGACGCAGGUGGUGGUGCCCCAAUUCUUCCCGACAAAAAGAAAACGGAUCAGAGCGUAAAAAAGAGCGAAAAGGAAAACAAGUCGAACCCAGUUAGCAAUAAUAAGAAUAAGAACAAUGCUCAGACCAAAACAGCAAAUGCGAAUUCCGCCCAUAAACGAAAUGGCGCUUCGAAUACCAUCAAAGAAAUGCGCCCACGAAAUAAUCGCGUUAAUGUGACACAGAAUAAUUCUUCCUUUGCACCCGAAUACAACACUGAACUUCCACAACGCCAAUACAAAGAUCGCGACAACAAGUUCCCAGCACGUUUUCGGGCCAACGAAAAAUUCGGAAAACGGGAAUUUGACCGGCAAUCUGGCUCUGAUAAAACAGGAAUUAAACCAAUCGAUAAACGUGAUGGCGCUGGCGCACACAACUGGGGCUCUGCCAAGCAGGACAUCGAGGACCAUAAGGCUGAGGGCGCCACCGUUCCUGGAACAGACAAAGAAGAGUCUGCGAAUAAUGAGCAAUCUGGUGAAGCUACAAAUAAUUUGGUGGAAGAUGAGGAGGCAAAGCAAAUGACUCUGGAUGAAUGGAAGGCUCUUAAGGAUCAGCGCGCCAAGCCCAAUUACAAUCUGCGAAAAGCCGGCGAAGGUGUAGACAACUCCGAAUGGAAAAAGAUGAUCGUAUUGAGCAAAAAGAAGGGCAUUGGCACUGAAGAUGAUGACGAAGAACUCGAGUUCGACGCCUCAAUGUAUCCGCAGCGUGUUGGUCGUCUGCAGCGCAUUGUCGAUAUCCAAUUCAAUUUCAAUGAUGGUCGCAAAUCGGGAUUCCGCAAAGGGAUGCGUGGUCCUCCGGCUCGCGGUGACCACUAUCAUCGCCAGGAAACGGCGCCCAACAACAACAAUGGAUUUGAAAAGAUGACUUCCUAUAAUAAAUUCGGAGAGAAACAUCGUUCGGGAUUGAAAACACUCAAAGUCGAUGAUGAAAUUCAAUUUCCCACUUUGGCCUAAGGCACUUUUACAGCCAGAUCAGAUAUUUUCACCUAAAUAUUUUAACAUAUAAUCUUAAGAAAUUCAUGUUAAGGAGGGUUAAUCACGCUGCUUGGCAUUUAUAUAUGUAACAUGUUGUGCUUAGCCAACCAAAGUCCUUAGGAUUAUAUGGAUGACUUUUGAAUUUUGUACUGAAUUUACGCAUUUAAAUACGCAAUUGAAAAUAGUAUAAAAUGUUGAAAUAAAUAUACUAUAUUUAAAUACUGAAA